AUGUCUCUUCCAGAACUAGAAAUCUAUUCUCACUUGCUGUCACCAGUUGGGUUUUACACGAAAUCUCUCGCUCUUGUGGCUGACGCAUUUCAUUAUCUCAAUGAUAUCAUCGGGUUUAUUGUGGCAUUUGCUGCUGUGAAGAUAUCUUCGAAGAAGGAGUCGCCAAAAGAUCUGUCCUUUGGCUGGCAACGGGCUCGCCUCCUUGGGGCAUUCUUUAAUGGAGUCUUUCUUCUCGCCCUCGGCGUCAGUAUUUUCCUACAGUCUAUCGAGCGAUUCAUCAGCCCGCAAGCUGGUUCUUAUUAUUGGUUGUGUUGGGCUGGCGCUGAAUAUACUAAGCGCGUCAUUCCUUCACGGUUCUUUCUUGACUCAGAACACGACCAUAGCCAUGAUAACCUCCCCGGAGGAAACCUAGACGCGAGCGCUGAAAGUGGCAUCAACGAGGUAACCGAACUUGCAAAUCGUGAAGAUCGGAAGAGUGCUGAACAUCCACGACAGGCUUAUGCCUUCCAUACCGGCCACAGACACAAUAAUCUUCAAGCUCAGAAGAAGGGAUACGACCUUGGCCUGCUCGGUGUUUUCAUCCACGUCCUUGGUGAUGCCUUCAAUAAUGUCGGGGUGAUAAUCUCUGCAUUGAUCAUCUGGCUCACACAUUCUGCUUCUCGGUACUAUGCAGACCCGGCCAUUAGUAUGGCGAUCGCCUUGAUGAUCAUGGGAACAUCCAUUCCUCUCGGUUUGUGCUCCCUUUCUCUAGGAAAAACCUUGUUUUCCAGACUAAACUUCCACCCAGUGAGGAACUCCGGCCUUAUUCUACUGAACAGUGUCCCCAAAGGGAUCGAUCUGAGCGACGUGAAACAUGAUCUUGAACUGGUAUGUUCCCAUCCCGAUAUACCCCAUCACCCUCCCAUCUCUCGCCUGUUCCAUGCCCGGAACUUCUAUCCUUGUAUUAACAUGGCUCAGUUACCCGAAGUCUCAUCCAUCCACGAGCUACACGCCUGGCGCCUCAACCAGGAAAAAGCACUAGCUUCUGUGCACGUUGGCCUCCCCGAUAUUCGCAUCUCGGAGUUCGUGAAACUUGCAAAGACCAUGAACGAGUGCUUCCAUAGCUAUGGUAUUCAUUCCGCCAUUGUGCAGCCGGAGCUCGUCCAGACAGUGGAGGACACCACGGAGGGAACCGAGACGAAAUCAGAUUCCUGUCAAAUUACCUGCGGCUCGUCCUGUGAGCUGCUUACCUGCUGUGGCUAA